AUGGGUAAUACAUGUAAAUCGACAAAAACUGAUUCAAUAAUUGCAUCAAUUGUUGAAUCACCUAUGUCAAUAGUACCAAAUAAUCAAUCGGAAGAAAUUCCACCACCACCACCAUCAACAACAACAACAAAAAUAACAACAACUAAACUCUAUCAAUCUUCAAAUGGUUCAACAAUUCGUGAAGAAAAAGAAGAAGAAGAGGAAAUUACUCGUACUGAAACUUAA